GAUGAUGGUGAUCCCUCUUUUAAUAUCAUGAUUGGGAAUAAAAGCUUAAAAAAAAGAAAAACUAUGAUAGACAUAACCAAGAAUAAUAACCUUGAAUAAUUUCCCUCUUAGGGAAGGAUGUUCCAGUCUCUCAGAAGUUCCAAUAGUUCUAAGUUCCAGGUCUCUGAGUUUGUCCUGAUGGGAUUCCCAGGCAUUCAUGAGUGGCAACACUGGCUCUCCCUGCCCUUAGCUCUGCUCUACCUCUUAGCUCUUGGUGCAAAUAUCCUUAUCCUGAUCACCAUCAACCAAGAGGCUACACUGCACCAGCCUAUGUACCAUUUUCUGGGCAUCCUGGCUGUGGUGGACGUGGGCUUGGCUACUACCAUCAUGCCCAAGAUUUUGGCCAUCUUGUGGUUCAAUGCUAAGGCCAUCAGUCUCCCUGAGUGCUUUUCUCAGAUGUACGUCAUACAUUGUUUUGUGGGCAUGGAGUCAGGCAUCUUCCUCUGCAUGGCUAUUGAUAGAUAUGUAGCCAUUUGCCGACCUCUACAAUAUUCAUCAGUAAUUACUGAAUCUUUUGUGGUCAAAGCAACUGUAUUAAUGAUACUCAGAAACAGCCUGUUAACCAUCCCAGUACCAGUGUUGGCUUCUCAGAGGCACUACUGCUUCCAGAAUCAAAUUGAGCAUUGCCUGUGCUCUAACCUUGGAGUGACUAGCCUCUCCUGUGAUGACAAGACAAUCAACAGCAUCUACCAGCUACUUCUGGCUUGGACACUCAUGGGCAGUGACCUGGGUAUGAUUAUUUUAUCAUAUGCUUUGAUACUGCAGUCUGUGCUAAGCUUGAAUUCAGACGAAGCUGCAUCUAAGGCCUUGAGCACCUGCACUUCCCAUCUCAUUCUAAUUCUUUUCUUCUACACAGUUGUUGUUGUCAUUUCUGUCACUCACAGUGUAACAAUGACAGUUCCCCUCUUCCCAGUUCUACUCAAUGUGUUACAUAAUGUCCUUCCUCCCUCCCUCAACCCCGUGGUCUAUGCACUCAAGAACAAGGAGCUCAGGCAGGGCUUGAAGAAGGUACUUAGACUGGGCAUCAAGAAUAACUAACGUGGAGAUGAUGCUCAUGCUUGUUAAUUUCCCCAUAUACUUAUCAAUAUAUUCUCUGAAGAUUGCUGAGUGCAGAAGACAUAAGGAAAAGGGAUACUAUGCCACAUCUUCAUUAGUAUAAGGAAUCAGUGACAACUACUGAAAUUUAAAAAAAGGGGGGAGGGGUCACUAAUAUUUGAAAUCUUUGUAAGUCAAGCAAAAAUCUUAUUAGAGUAACAUAAUGAUGUUGAUUAUCUCAAAGAAUCCAAGAAAAGAACAAUUGGGAUAUGUGGAUAUGUUG